AUGGUCUCGCAGGGGUAUAUUACCUCAGAACCCACGCAAGCAGCACAAAUCGGCGGACGAGACCGAGCGACAAAGCCUCCUCAUGGUCCUGAGGUCAAGCGUCAAGAUACAACCGUCACUGCAAACACCAUAACGAUAGCCCCAGAUGAAACUUGUGGUUAUCUUUCAGGAAGGCCCGGAAUCCCCCUCGUUUGCGAGAACAAAGAAACAUGCAUGUGGAUGAAAGCAAUUGGAGCAAUGAUCUGUGGUGAAAUUGACAACUCCGACGACUGGGUUGUACAUCAAAAAUGCUAUGAUAUGGAGUGGGCUACAGAUCCAAGUCUUUGCGACGAAAAAUGUGCAUCAGACACAUUUGCCCUCCACUGGUACGCGAACCACAACAUGAUCCAUAAUCGCAAGUGA